CGGCGUCUUUCUCUAAUUCACUUUCAUUCCACAUCUAUUCAUCUCGCAAUCAUCUUCGACCACCAUUCCUUUUGCUUAUUGCAUCAUCUUACAGCCACUCUUUCUCUAAACCAUGCUAGCUCGAACUGGCUUAAAGUACCCUUCCAAACUACAUAGCGAGAAGGUUGCCUCGUAUCUCUCGGACAAAGCCCGCAAGGACGCCAUUAUUCUUGCCAAAGGCACUGAGGUCCAGUGUAGAGACAAUACUGACACAGAGCUUGAGUUUCGGCAAGAGAGCAACUUCUUUUAUCUCACAGGCGUCCAGGAAGCCGACUAUUACUUUAUUUAUGACCUUUCUCGUAAACAAUCCUAUUUGAUUGCCCCAGAUCUCGACCCCAUCAAGGCUGUUUGGAAAGGUCCAGAUCCUACAGAUGAGGAGUUGCUGCGGAAAUACGAUGUGGAUUAUGUGGUUCGAUACUCUGGAUUGCUGAGUCUACUCAAGAAUAAGCUGCGGCCCAAGAAAAUCCAUGGAUGGGGUCGGCCAGAGAAGGGACGCCCUCUUGGUGACAAGAAAAUAGAACAUGAACUCGAACAUUACAUCUCUCAUCGCUUAGUGCGAUCCAAACAUGAAUCCCAUAAAGGUGAAGGGCACUUCCCUAAUCAUCGUCCCCAUCGUCCACACCAUCAUGGACCCUAUGGUGAUCACAACGGCCACCGGUGUGGUUACGAGCGUGUUGAUCUUCGCUCUGACCAUGACGACUGCAAAAAGCCAGAAGACCCAAAGGAAGUCACUCUAUUUGAGGCACUAAUCCUCGCCCGUAUUAAUAAGACACCUAUUGAGAUUGCCCUUUCACGCGAAUCGGCUCGCAUCACCUCAGAUGCCCACCGUCUUGUCAUGGAAUCUGCUCGUGUUGGAAUGUUUGAGUAUCAACUGGAGGCUCUCUUCCAGUAUGAAUGUGCACGUCAAGGAGCCAAGGCCCAGGCGUAUCUUCCGAUUGUGGGUACAGGGGUUAAUGGUGCUUAUUUGCACUAUACCAGAAACGACACUCAGAUUAAGGAGGGUCAAUUAAUUUUGAUUGAUGCCGCUUGUGAGGUUGAUUGUUAUGGAUCCGAUGUCACGAGAACCUUCCCAGUCGAUGGGAGCUUCAGUAGUAGACAAGCUGCUAUCUACAUUCUGGUCUGGGAAAUGCAAACUACUGUUAUUCGUUCAAUGUCGAAGGGCGUUAAAUGGAGCGACAUGGCUAUAUUGGCUCAAAAGAUCGGCAUCCGCGGCUUGAAGCACCUUGGUAUUCUCAAGGGUGAUGACCAAGAGCUUUUUGAAAGCAAUAUCAUCAAGGUAUUCUAUCCCCAUGGCCUGGGCCAUCUUUUAGGUCUAAAUGUACAUGAUGACGGGCUCGGUCUUGAGGUCCAGCGUCCACCAAAGGAAGCUGUACAGGCACUGCAGGAAAGCCGGAAGGAUUUGCAGGUCGAAUUUCAUGAUGUCUCUGGCGAGAGACAAGGUCAUCUUUAUUCAAAAGAGUUGCCUCCACCUUCCAGCCGCAGAAACAAGGCUGUGGGCUCCUUGUUCUAUGCUACUCCGUCGACUACUUUGGAGCCUGGAAUGCUGCUGACAGUUGAGCCUGGGAUUUAUUUCAACCCCGCACAGAUCGAAUACGCGCUCCAGAACCCGUUGUUCAAAGAUUUCUUGGAUGAGCAGGAAUUACGUCAUUACAUGUCUGUGGGAGGGGUACGGAUCGAGGACGUUGUCUUGGUAUUACCCGAUGGCUCUAUUGAUAAUCUCACAACGGUACCCAAGGAACUUGUUGCAAUUGAGAAGAUUGUCCAGGAAGGUCAGAGCAAGUAUAAAAAGCGUCAGAAUUUGGAACAGAAUCAUCCUCUCUCAGAGAAAAUGAAGCCUCAAAAAGCGAAAAAAGGCUCUGAGAGUGCGAAUCCUUCCCAGAAUCUAUUAGGCCUCAAAUGAGCGUUUGAGCGAACUGGAUAUGGUUAAUUGAAAGACUCUUGAAAGAGGAACUUGUCAAAAGAGCUAAAAGAUAAAAGCCUGUGAUUGGGAAGAUGCAUGAACAUCUAAAGUACACAUCCAUUUAAUGCGAACUGUAUAUAGUCUCCUUGUCGAUGUUUGUAUGUUUUUUUUUUGUCAUCACAAGCCAUGCACGCUUUGACCGAGGUCAAAAGAUAUAAGGGUGAUAGUUAAACAAUGUUGACAUGCGCAUUGCACGAAUAAGAAAUAAGAAAAUUCAGGAGGAAUAAAAAGGCACAGGGCAGAGGAAGAUGCAGAUGCGCGCAAAAAGAGAGUGAUGAAAUGAAGAUUGUUCUUGUCCGUUUGGCCAACUUCUUGGGAUUGAUGACAUGCAUGAGCAUGG